AUGAAACCAAUCACGAAUAUCAAAAGCUGCGGCUUAAAGCGGCAGCCGGAGCGGAGCCGGGACGCCCAUGGCCCCCGCCGCCCCUCCUGCCCCCCGGGGACGCUGUCCCCGGCACCUCCAGGGCACAUGGAGGGGGGCUCUCCUGCUGAGACAGGGCGGGCCCCGUGGUCCCCCAAGCAUCCUGGCCAAGCCCCCACCCCGUCGGAGAACCUCGAGGCCACCCCAAGCCCCCACGCCGUCCUGGAGAGUAAGGUGAAGGCGCUGAAGGAGAGGCGGGGGGCCGGGCGGCCGGGGGCUUCCGCGGCCACACCGGAGCGCUCCUCGCCCAGGAAGCCCCGGGCUCGUCGGGGGAAGCCGGGCUGGGAUGCGGCAGCGCCGGAGCCGCGGGCUCAGCUCCGCACGUACCUGACAGACGGGCUGCUGGAUGGCGGGGACCCCGCACCUGAACCCCCCCCGACCCCUCCGCCCCGCGCCGGCACCCCGGGGCUCUGGCGGGUGCCGGCAUCCAAAGGCGACGAGGGCAGCGGGUCCCGAGGCUCUGCAUUCCCCCAGGAGAGAUCCCCCGUGGAAAAUGAGGUGCGGGAGUGGGGGGCUCCCUCUGCGUCCCCCGCCGUGUCAGGGGGCUGGGAGAGGCUCUCUCUGGCUGAGCGAGUGGAGAGGAACCGGCGGCUGCUGCAGGAGGUGCUGGGCCUCGCCGUGCCCGAGGUGCCAGUGAAUGAUGGGGACUGGGACUCAGGGGUCUCACUGCACAACGCUGAAGGCUGCAGGGCCUUUGUCCCCGGGCAGGAGCUGGAGCUGAGCCCGCGGCACGAGCACGCCAAGCAGCUGCUGCAGCGAGCCCGCAUGAAGGCUCGGACGAACCCCCUGCGUGCCAGCCACGACAUCCUCCUGCUGCCCACCACUGCCCCCAGACCCAGGGAGUCCAGCGGGAGGCCGAGCCUCACCCCACGGGACGGCGGGAGCCUGAGCGAUUCGUCCAGCGGGGACUCGAGCUGUGGGCGGCCGCGACGGCCCCGGGGACCCUCCCCGUCCCGUGUCCGCUUCGAGGACGAGUCGGCCCGCGAUGCUGAGGUGCGGUACCUGGAGCGGCUGCAGCUGCGGCACCGACGGGUGCUGGGCUCGGCGCUGCCCUCGCCUGAGCUGGCCGGUGGCGAGCAGCCGGGGGACGGGGCUGGCCAGCCCGAAGGCCGGAGCGGCAACCUCGUGGCCGGGGCCAAGUGCAGCGCUUGUGGCUCUUUCCUCGGUGCCACCACCACCCGAGGCACGGACAGACCAGCAGCCACCGACAUGGCCGAAAGCAGCCCCGUGGCACAAGGAAGGACCCCAGGGGACAGCGUGGGGCUGAGCCCUGCCCGGCUGGAGCCCAAAACCAGGGCUCUGGGCCCCCGCGGGUCCCCACUGUGGAUCCUCCCCUCCCGGCAGCGCAUCCACACUGAGAAGAUCAAGGAGACAUACAUUGGGGAUGUCACCUACAUCGAUGAGGUGGACUCAGCCCUGGAGAGCACCGACACCUCCGAUGGCUGCCGGACAGACAGUGAGGAGGCAGGACCCCGAAGCCCCCACCCGCGGGGGCACCGAGACCCCCAGGCUCGUGGGCAUGGGACCCCCUGUGCCACCCUGCAGCCAGAGGCGAGGGCUGGGAAGGGGACCUGCGUGGCCAGUGGUGGCCCCAGCACAGGAGUCAGGGGCUCGGGUGCUGCCACAAGCCAGGGAGGGACUGUUUGCCCAACACCACCAAGGAGAACCAGCAGCCGGGAGGAUGCAGACCCCCAGCAGCAUCCGAGGGGCAAGGAGGGAGUGGGGAACACUGCUCAUCCCCUGCAGAAGCCCAGUGAGCCCUCUGAGCAGCUGGGGGCCAGCACCCCCCUGCUGGGCACCCACCUCCCCACUCCCCCCCCCAAGAAGGCCUGCUCCCAGAUGCCUUUCAGGAAACCCCUUUUCACCGGUGUGAAAAGGGCAUCGAGCCAAGGAUCCCGGGUCCCAGAGCCUGAUGAUGGGAGCCCUGCACCCUCCCAGCCUAGGGCCACGGCAGGACCAGGGGAACGGCGGGGUCCCUGCAGCCCCAGAUGGCUCCCGGGGAGCCCCCUCCGUGCCUUGUCCACUAACAACUGCAACAACACCCGCGGCCAGGAUGGGCAGGACACCCCAGGGAUGGGCAGAGGGACACUCUCGCAGCCUGUUGUCCCCAUGCCCCAGGAAGCUGCUGGUCCCCCUAUGGAAGAUGCUGGGGCACUUGGAGCACAGCAGCCACAGCACUCAGCCAGGAGCACAGCACAGGGGGAGCCAGGGAGGCCACAGAGCCACAAGGGCAGCAGCAGCUCAGCGCUGGGGCUGAGGAAACUCCUGAGCAGCCUGAGCCAGAGCACCAAGCAGCGCCUGGGCCGCUUCCGCUGCUACAGCAUGGAGCAGCUCCCAGCCCCCAGCAGCAACCCCCCGGCUGGCCCCACCAUGAAGAAGUCACCCUCCCUGCAGUCCCUGCAGCUGGUGUCACCCUUCUGCCAGCCCCAAAAAGCGGCCUCCAUCCAGAGCUUGCACCCCCUCCUGGGCAAGGCACCUCGUGCCAGUGCCUACCUCCUGCCCCAGACCCCUGAUGACAGGAAGGGGCCCUCAGGGCCACGGCGCUCACUGAGUGUGGAGGACAUCGGGGCGCCCAGCCGGCUGCGGGCCGUGGGGCGCGUGGUGGAGGUGUUCCCUGAUGGCACCAGCCAGCUGGAGCUGCAGAGACCUCCCCACGGGGCCUUUGGGUUUUGUGUCACCUCUGGGCACGGCCGGCCCGACACAGGUGUCUACGUGCAGGAGAUGUCAGACGCCGGCACGGCCAAGCUGUACGCGGGGCUCCUGGCUGUGGGGGAUGAGAUCCUGCAGGUCAACGGGGCGGCCGUGUCGGGGCUGGGGCUGCCCCGCAUCCGGCAGCUGCUGCUCCAGGCGGACACCCUGUCCCUGCGCGUCCUGCGGCACCGCCCCGUGCCCCGGUAG